GCCCGGCGAGCGCAGCCAGGAGGGUCGCGAUUGGCUGCAGUUUCGUCCCACAGGGAAGGACAUCCGCUCGUACCAGCAGAGCAAUUGCCCAGGAAGAGUUUAAAUAAUAAACAGCUAGCUGUCUCUAUAGCUAGUUUUCAAAAUCGGGCUAAACCCCAACCUAUGAGUGCUAAGGAUGUCAGGACAGAAACGGUCAUAUGACCCCUGCAGCUCCAGCUCUUCGAGCGGACCCCCGGAGAAGCGGCGGGAACGUGAAGCAGGGGAUGAUGGAGCUGGGGUGGGAGCAGGAGGAGGGAGCACCGCCGUGGAGACGGUCAUCAAACUGGGUGGGGUGUCUAAUCUGGAGGAGCAGGACAUUAAAGCUCUCCAAGUGAAGAACCGAAAAUUGGGGGAAGCUCUCGAUCAACGACAGGUAAUAGAGGAUGAAUUGAGGGAGAGAGCUGAGAGACUGGAGACGCGGCAGGCUACCGAUGACGCCAGUCUGCUAAUCCUGAACCGAUACUGGAGCCAGUUCGAUGAAAAUGUGCGUCUUAUUGGCCGGCGCUAUGACCAAUCAGGAAGUGAGCCUGCAGAUCAGCCGUCUGCAGAAGGGCGGAGCCUCAAACCGGAGACCCCAGAACCGGAUGGGGACUCCAACCAGGAGAGGGUCAGAGACCGAGGGCACCAAGGAGAAACGGCCCCUUCCUUCCUCGCCACUCUGGCCAGCAGCACCAGCGAGGAGAUGGAGGCGGAGCUGCAGGAGCGGCUGCAGCUGAGCCUGCAGCUGGUUGGUCGGGUGGUCGACAUCUACGAGAGCCUUAAGAGCACCGUCGACUUAAUGGAGAAGAAUCAGGAUGUGGGGGCAGAGGGCAGUAUCUCGGAAAUUGUUUCCCAGCUAAACAAUCUGCUGGUCAGUGAAAACGAACGCCUCCGUCACGUGACGGAAGAGCUGCAACAAAGGCACAGUCAUAUGACCAGUGAGUCUCGGACUUUGGGCCGAGCCGUAUCGCGGGCCGACAGUCGGAUCAGCGAGCUCCAGGUUCUGAUCGAAGACCUGCAGUGGGACAUGGAGAAGAUCCGGCGACGGGAGAACCGCCUCAACGCCCAUCUUGGGGAGGUGUUGGAGAGGGUGAACAGUAAAGGCUACAAGGUGUGUGGAGAAGCCAGCAGUGUUUGUGGGACCAUCACCAUCAACAAGCGGAAGUUUGAGGAGAUGAACAGCGAGUUGGAGGAGAACAGGGAGCUGGCAGAGAACAGACUCAGCGAGCUGCAGAAGCUCCAGCAGGACUUGCAGAAUGUGUACCAGGAGAACAACAACAUGAGGGUGGAGCUCUGCUGCCGUGCCGAGGGGGUGGUGAGAGAAACCUCGGAAUACCGCUGCCUGCAAUCCCAGUUCUCCGUCCUCUACAACGAGUCCCUGGUUCUGAAGGCCCAGCUGGACGAGACUCGAGCCAGGCUCAGCACCACCAGAACGGCUCGGCUCAGGCAGUUAGACCACAUGGAGAAUGACGAAGUCUCUCUCCAGAGGAAGGUUCGCACUGAGGUGAUCCAGCUGGAGGACACGUUGGCUCAGGUGCGCAAGGAGUACGAGAUGCUGAGGAUCGAGUUCGAGCAGACCUUGGCGGCCAAUGAGCAAGCAGGGCCCAUCAACAGGGAGAUGCGUCACCUGAUCAGCACCCUGCAGACGCACAACCAGCAGAUGAAGGGUGAGGUGCUGAAGUACAAGCUGAGGCUGAGGGAGGCCCAGGCGGAGCUGAAUCAGGCCAGAGCCCUGAAGGGCAGCUCUAUCCUCCACUCACAGUCCAGCACGGAGCUGGACGUCAAGGAAGAGACCGCCUCUCCCCUAACGCCAGCGCCUUCCUGUGAAGUCCCUGUGAAGGCGGAGCCCGACAAUGGAUCUGCCACACCCACCAGCAUAGGACCAACUGUGAAGACAGAGCCAGGGGCAGAUGGAGAAGGGACGAUAAAGGAGGAAGAGAAGGAGAAGGAAAGAGAGAGGGAGCGAGAGAGGGAGAGAGAAAGGGAGCGUGAGCGAGAGAAAGCUGCCCGCGGAGGACCAGGUGGACCAGUGAAGGAGGAGAGGGAGAGACCUAGCACAAGCAGCCAAUCAGAGGAGAGCUCGGCUGAACGGUGUGCUGUGAUUGGAGGACCAAAGAGGAAGGAAAUGGAGCAACUGAAGAUUGUCAGAGCAGAGCUGAAGAAGGCUCAGGAGUCCCAGAAAGAGAUGAAGCUACUCCUGGACAUGUACAGGUCAGCACCCAAGGAGCAGCGGGACAAAGUGCAGCUGAUGGCGGCCGAGAAGAAGGCUAAGUCUGAGGCUGAGGAGCUCAAACAGCGCCUGCGGGAGCUGGAGGAGAGGGAGAGGAGGGAGGGGAAGAAGAUGGCGGAUGAGGAGGCACUGAGGAAGAUCCACUUAGUAGAAGAACAGAUCGACAUUCUCAACAAGAAACUCUCCCUGGCCAAGCAGGAGGAAGACGCGCUCCUCAGUGAGAUGGACGUGACCGGCCAGGCGUUUGAGGACAUGCAGGAGCAGAACAUCCGACUCAUGCAGCAGCUGAGGGAGAAGGACGACGCCAACUUCAAACUGAUGAGUGAGAGGAUCAAAUCCAACCAAAUCCACAAACUGCUGAAGGAGGAGAAGGAAGAGCUGGCCGACCAGCUGCUAACGCUGAAGACUCAGGUCGAUGCCCAGCUGCAGGUAGUCAGAAAACUGGAGGAGAAGGAGCGACUCCUGCAGGGGACCAUUAGUGCUGCAGAACGAGAGCUGGCACUGCGGACCCAGGCUCUGGAGAUGAACAAACGCAAGGCCCAGGAGUCGGCGCUGCUCUCAGAGGAGAUCCGUGCUCAGCUGGAUAGCGUUCAGCAAAGGCUCAGCGGGGUCCGCGAGGAGGUGAUCGAGAACAGCAUUUCCCGCGAGAAGGAGUCUUUUAACUCCCGCCGAGCCCAGGAGGACAUUUCCAAGUUGAGAAGGAAACUUGAGAAGGCCAAGAAGCCUACAGAGAACAUUUCAAACUGUGACGAAAUUCUCAAUCAAGAGAUUAAUGAGUACAAAGCACGUCUCACCUGUCCCUGCUGCAACUCGCGUGUGAAGGACGCCGUCCUGACAAAGUGUUUCCAUGUCUUCUGCUUUGAGUGCGUGAAGACACGGUACGACACGCGUCAGAGGAAGUGUCCCAAGUGCAAUGCCGCUUUUGGGGCGAACGACUUCCACCGCAUCUACAUUGGAUAGACGCCCAGUGGGCGGAGCUUGCGGGGGUGAGAUAGGGAACUACUCUGCCCCUGGUAGAAAAAUGUGAUUAAAAAUGGACAGUAAGACCGAGGUGAGGUAUGUGAUUGUGCUAGAAUUUCAAAUAGCUACUUCCCAUCACUGAGGUUGUGGGGGUCGAAGAAUAGGUUGUAUAAAUUUAGCCGAAACGUUAAGCGCACAGCCUGUCUCAGGCGUAGUCCAGUGGAGCGCCCUCUUCAGGAAGCUCGGGAGAACUGUGGGAGGGAGCCCUCAACAGCAAGCAUGGGCUCAUGAGUUCCGAAGCAAAAAGCAAUUAUAUCAGUACGAAACUAGUAUAUUGAGUAACUGAUUUGAAGAGAAAAUACACAGGACUUAAGCUCAAAAGUUGGGCAACCUGAGUUUGUCUGCCUCUUUUUGUUUUGUUUUUCUCAUGAUGAUAAUUAUUCCUUUUUAUUUGAAAGCUGCUUUAAGUAGUUGUAUUGGUUUCUAUUCUCCUUAUGGUUCAGAUUUGUAAUUGCUUAUUUGCAAUUAAUAAAAAAAAAGACGAUAAAACAU